CAAUCAUAUCGCGACGUGUGACAAAACCUGUCGAGUCUCGAGAAGGUUCUUUCUUUCAUCGUCCUCGCGGAGAAUUUUUGCAUAAAGGGUUCAAAGAAUACUCCAUCAAAAACGAUAAAUUUAUCGACUUUUGAAGUUUAUAAUAUUGCAGAUUUACUUGCUGUUGUUCAAAGGGAAGAUGCAAGGAGGUGGUAGAGAUCCUUUCAACUUUGGUGGUGGCCCUUUUGGUGGUGGCCCUAACAAUGGACCUCGGAAUCUCAUGUCUAGCUUUUUCGGAGGAAGAGAUCCGUUUGAUGACCCUUUCUUCACCCAGCCUUUUGGUGGUGGUGGCGGCGGCAUGUUUCAGUCCAACUUCUUUGGUCCUGGUCCUAACAUGGAUCCUUUUGCUGGAAUGCGUCCUCCAUCAGGUUUUCUCGAGAAUCAUCAUCAUCAUCAUCAACAGCCACCACAACCGAGAAGGUCUCACGGACCGGUUAUCGAAGAGAUUGAUUCAGAUGAUGAUGAGAAAGAAGGAGAUGGAGUCCAAGAGCAGAGAGUAAGGCUAGGGAAACAUGGCAGGUCAAGCAGUGAGAUUGAAACCGAAGAAGCUAAAGCUGAAGAGAGAAGGAACAGACAAAUGCAAAACAUGAAUGUAAGUGCUGCUAUGGCGAACAAUGGACAGUGGCAACCACAGACUCGUAGUUACAGUUUCCAGAGCUCCACUGUUACAUACGGUGGUCAUGACGGAAACUACUAUACUUCAUCCAAGACCAGAAGGACAGGAAGUGAUGGGUUAACUCUUGAAGAAAGCAAAGAAGCUAAUACCGCAACACGCGAAGCAGCGCAUAGGAUUUCAAGAGGCUUACAUAACCAGGGCCACACAGUUGCGCGUAAACUUAACUCAGAUGGUCGGGUUGAUACAACGCAGACCUUGCACAAUUUAAAUGAAGAUGAGUUGGCUGAUUUUGAGCAGACUUGGAGUGGAAAUGCUAGAAUGCAGUUACCUGGUUGGUCUGAUUCCUUUGGCAGUGGUCUUGUAAACAGAGAGCAACCAAUGUCGCUUCCUUCAACUGAUCCAAGCUCUUCUUCACGUGCAAGAGCAGAGUCAUCCAGAAGAACAAAUGCUGCAAUGAAUGUUAGAGGACAGGGCAGAAACUAAACUCUUAGGACUAUCAUGUCCUGUUAGUGAAUGCAAUAACCAAAGACUAUUAUCUACUUUACUUAGGGGUGCAUCGUUACUGUAAGCCCUGUAUGAUGACAUGAUUUGAGGCUUUUAUGAUAAAAUGGUAUAUGCAUGUUUUUUAAUUA